CAACAGCAUAUCAACGUUGCUCCUUCUACAGGAUCUUUUCCUAAUUGGAGAGCUAUACUAUCACCAACACGGCCUUCCACAGAAACUAAGACUUCCUCAGUAGCUGAUAUUUCUAUGGGACAGACUUUGGAGAACACAAACUUGCUUCAGAUGAUAAAAACAACACUGACUGGCACACGUACCAGGACUUUGGAUCAAACUCAUCUGUUGACCACCCUUUAUCAAGGUAGUGGAAACAGUGCGCCCCAGGAACCCGCUGAAGUUUCAGCUGAGUUGCCUCUGAGGUCAUCAUCUCAAGAUGCAGAUGAAACAGCUGCUAUACCAGGUUUGCCUCAACUUGUGUUAUCUGGAGUAUCUUCUGGUGCAAUACCUACAGUAGGAACUUCAGAAGCAAAACCACUAACAAGAAAAUCAUCUCCAGCUUCACUAGUGCCAGCUUCUUCCUUCUUUUCUCUAGGCACUGGAAACACACCCUUGCCAUCUGUGAUGGCUUUAAGCACACCGAUACUGACACUAAUAAGAAAUAACACUGCCACAAAGUUGGCAUCGGAUCUAAGCUCGGUAGGAACACAUACAGAUUUUCCUUUCGCAACAAGAAACACAACUGCGUUACCCGUGGACGUGACAGCUAUGCUCAUAACCCCUAAAAGCAGCACGGUCACAGCUUCCACACUUGCACCCACAGCACAUGUACCAAGGCAGAUAGAAACAACAGUAACUGACACACAGAAGUUCCCAAGCUCAGAAAUCACCAAAACGUCAACCUCGUACCCACUGACAAUUACAGCACCUUUGACAUCUAUUACAGCAUCAGCGAAAGCAACUAGGCUUCCCCCUACUCCAGUGGAAAACACCUCUGCUCCUCCUGAAACCACGGCAGCAGCCGCUUUCGCUAACAUGACAGCAGCUCCUCCCCUGGAUUGCCGGCUCUCCAGGAACCUUAUGGUUAAAACAGUUCUGGUUCUGAACACAAGGAGGAUGCUGGUCAGCAAUCCCUUCAAGGAGAGUGUGAGAAAAGGACUCAACCAAGCGCUGAGACAAGCUUUCAACCAAAACGUCAGUGCUCAGGUUGAAAUCCUGGAGCAGUCAAGUAACAUGACAGUUGGUUACUACGUUACACGUGGCAGAACGGUUUUUAUGCCAGCUGCUGUAAUUGAAAGGCUUCUUGCAUACGGCAUUAGCAACGCCACAGCAGACAUGAAGCAGCAUGUACCCCACCUCCAGUCCGUGGCAGCCCUGGCCUUGCCAUGGAAGCCCCUUCCCGCGUACCACUUCCAGCUGAAAACAGAGCUGCAGUUUGUGGGUCAAACAGACAAUAUACAGUCGUGCAAAUUUGUUCAGACCAUGGAGCAACGGUUACAGAGAGCGUUUCAGGAUGCUGAGAGGAAGGUCUUAAACACCAGCAACAACUUGACAGUUCAGAUUUUGAACACCUCCAAUGUCUCCCAAGCUGUCACUCUGUUUUAUGUAGUGAACAAUCAAAGCACAACUCUAAAUGGCACCAUUUCCAGCAACCUUCUUAAUCAGCUGUCAGCUGAGCUAGUGGGUUUCUAUCUAACCUACCCUCCUCUCACCAUUGCAGAAUCUUUGGAGUAUCCAAACCUUGAUGUGUCAGAGUCAACUAGAGACUACUGGGUGAUAACAGUUAUUCAAGGGGUUGAUAUUGCGUUACUGGGACUGAACAAUCAGAGCUUUGCAAGAUUAAUGGAGCAGCGGUUGGCCCCGCUGUUUAUGAUGUCCCAUCAGCAAGGAAGACGAUUCAAACGUGCCACUACUGUGGGCAGCUACACUGUGCAGAUGGUAAAAAUCCAGCGUAUUCCAGGACCCAAGGAGCCGGCUGAACUGACAUACUAUACUUUAUAUAACGGGAAACCUUUGCUGGGCACUGCGGCUGCCAAAAUUUUGAGUACCGUUGACUCCCAGCGGAUGGCUUUGACACUGGGUUACGUUAUUCAAGUUCAAGCUGAUCCUGUGGUGAAGAACCCCCCGAACAACCUGUGGAUCAUUGCAGCGGUGCUGGCUCCCAUUGCUGUGGUUACGGUUAUCAUCAUCAUCAUCACAGCAGUUCUGUGCAGAAAGAACAAGAACGACUUCAAACCAGACACCAUGAUGAACCUGCCUCAGAGAGCUAAAUUGAAGGAUGUUGGAAUUGAAAUGGUCGUUAUUCGCAAGUUGGAUCUUUACACUUCUUCUCUGUCCUUG